GUGAAGCAGAGAGACUUUGUUAUGUACUUUAGUGAUUGGCAUUUUUGUUUGUAAACUUGAGCGUGUUUAGUUUUGUAAACUGGACAAUUGCAAUUAUAAUUCCGAAUAAUGAAUUUUGGCAUACACAAUAAACUUUUCCGUAACCUUACCAUAGAAGUUUGACGCUUUUGUCAUCGACACAGUCUUAAUACACUAAAUAACCUACAACUCGGAGACGGGGACUAAAAAUGCCGGGCGCGAUCGUAGAGAAUCUUAGCGGGAAAAAAUUGUUUGUCCUCGUUGCUGUUCUGCUUAUUCUUCAAGUAAUAUGUUUCUUAAUUGGCGGUUUGAUUGCACCUACUCCAUCCAAUGCUGACAGCGUUUUGGCCACAAAAUGCUUAGACUCAGGCAAUAAUACGGACGCUUGGUUCUAUGUCAGAGGAAAAGGGCGUUGUAAAUCCAUCAGUCUUGACCAUUACGGCUCAGACACACAGCACAGGCUUGCCAAUCAGAUAGUGUUUGCUUUCCAGCUACCAUCUCCAAGGGACAACACGGUAUUGGACUAUUCUCGUUGGCAGCAACAUUUGAUUGGAGUAUUGCAGUUUGACAUUGCCUACCAUGCUGAUACAGAGAUGGAUCCACGCACUAUCUUAACUUUGGAUGGAAGACUGGGUUACCGCAACCGUGGGGAUCCUGAUGGAGAUUGGAAAUAUUACGCUUCCUCAGUUGAGCAGAGAAUACUCGAUUGUUCAAUAGAAAAUAAACGGGAUGGUUAUCAUUACAACUGCUCUUUUAUCCCCCUGUUUGAGCUUGGAUCCUUGCAUCAUGAUUUUUACUUGCUGAACAUUCGUCUUCCUGUUGAUCAUGAUAAAGGCAUGAACUUGGGAUUGGGGCACAUCGAAGACAUUUGGCUUGUGGCAAUCAACCAAACUGGGGGAUUCACUAAAGUUUGGGUGUCAUUGAAGCUGAUAUUUUUUCCCUUUAUCAUCGGGAUCAUGGUAUGGUUUUGGAACCGAGUACAUCAGCUGUCCAGGGCUCCAGUUCUAUUGGAAUACAUGCUUUUGUUCCUCGGCAGUGCACUCACCUUCCUUAACAUGCCCCUGGAACUACUGACCCUGUUCUUCGACCUACCAUUCAUGCUGCUCCUCAGUGAUAUUCGUGAAGGAAUAUUUUAUGCUGCUCUCCUUAGUUUUUGGCUUGUGUUUGCUGGGGAACAUCUAAUGAUCCAGGAAUCACAAAAGAACCACCUGCGAGCAUACUGGAAGCACCUGAGCGGAGUAGGCAUCGGAUGCACUUCGUUGUUCAUCUUUGACAUGUGUGAGAGAGGAACACAGCUGAGAAAUCCGUUCUAUUCUAUAUGGGUCACAGAUCUAGGCACCAAUCUGGCCCUGACAUUCAUCAUUCUGGCGGGAAUAUCUGCAGGCCUCUACUUCCUGUUUCUAUCGUACAUGAUCUGGCGAGUAUUCUGCAACAUCAGCGCCAAGCGAGCCUCUCUACCCUCCAUGUCUUCCCUACGUCGCCUCCACUACGAGGGAGUGAUCUACCGGUUCAAGUUCCUCAUGAUCGCUACUCUCCUCUGCGCUGCUAUGACCGUCAUCGGAUUUAUCUUAAAUCAGGUAUCAGAGGGUAGGUGGAAGUGGGAUGAAGAUUUGGACUUGGAAUACACCUCAGCUUUCUUCACUGGAGUUUACGGAAUGUGGAACAUUUACAUCUUUGCUCUUAUCGUCCUUUACGCUCCAUCCCAUAAGCAGUGGCCAUCCGAGCACGAUAUAUCAAACACAAAUGAUGAAAUAGAGUUCUCCCGGUUGCCGACUGAAGCAAGUGAAAUAUCUGCUCUCACGUCUUUUGUCAACAAGGCAUCCAUAGACUAAAACUGGUCGGUCCAAGGAUUGGAAGCACUUCAUCUUGCUGUAAGGUUGUACCCAGAUUUGUUAAUUACGUUUUACAUAUUUCCAAUUUAGAUGUAUUUUUUUACUACCUAGUUGUAUUGUUUUAUGAUCCAAACCAUCUACCUACAAGCUUACUUUUACCUUUACUGUCUUAAAAGAAAAUAAUAUUUUUAUUAAUAAUUUUUUUAACCAAUAAAAUAAAUAUCUCAUUGAUGUAUCUAUGUUUAGAUUAAUUUAAGAUUAUUAUUGUACCUGAACUAAUCUCAAUCUGUGAGGUAGAUUUAUAAAUCUCAAAUGAAAUGUUUAAUCUCUAGCAAUUUCAAUGUCAAUGUUGUCUGGUUUAGUUUCAGCUUUGAUGUUUGUAAAGAAGAAUUGAGACUUCAUGGUUAAUAAUAAUAAUAGUUAGUUUUGUCACUUAUCAGUAUUAAAUUUAAAAAUCUGACUGUUGUAAUGAAUGUGCUAGUAACUAUUAGUCUAAAUGUCUUGUAUAUUAUGUGUAUGUUCCCCAUACUUGGUAUGUCCAUUUACAUGUAUUAAUGAAAUUUCCGUGUUAACUUAUAUUAAGGUUGCACAAAUAUUAUGGACUUGCUAGUUGGAAAAAAACUGUACGUAGCUAAAGAUGUGUUUUACAUCAUUUUUUUAUAUUGGUAUUUCCCAGGAAAACGUGUCGGGUUCAGGUAGCUACUGAUUACACUAUUCAAAACAAGAGUUAAGUUUCAUGAGGUAUUUUAUUUUUAAAUGUUAAGUUUCUAGGUUGCUCUGUGCUGUAUCAUUUUAUAGUUAUGAUUACGGUACGAUUUUAUUUGUUAUUAAUUAAUUGAUUUUUAACACCAUCACUACCAACAUACAAAGAUGGAAUAUAAGGAGCUUCUCAGAUAUUUGGAAAGAUUGAACUUUUUCUCAGUCUAUUCUGCAUCAACGAGAUUGAAAAAUUUAGAGUCCAACAAACUAUCGGACCCGUUCAACCUCUAACUCGGACCAGACAAGUGAUAGACACAUAACUAGGUCUUUGUAGAUCCAUUAAUUCAGGCCUAGAUAGUAUACAGUUGUAAUUGGAAUGAAGAUAUAAGAUUCUUUCACCUAGACCUAGGGCAUACUAACUUUGCGCACAGGUUUAGUCCUGCUAAUUGAGAUGGAUAAUACAUAUAUUCCAAUCUGUGGUCUGAAUAGGUAAAUACACACAUAUCCUCUUCCAUUUGGGCUUUACUUGGCUUCAGGUGUCGACUAAGCAUCACAAUUUCCACCUAUCCUUUCACACUUCCUUUCAUUCCACAUCUCACUCUUCUCUUUUCCACACCCCCUUCAUGGUGGAUAAGUAAUACAUACUUAUAAGUGAUAAACGGAUAAGUACCCAUUCACCUUCUUCUAGGUCUUCCUUUGUUAAGAAUUCUUCUCACAUAGCCAAACCAUCUUUGGCUUGGUCUGUAGUAGUAUUGUUUACAUGUUUCUCCACUUAUACAAUCAGUAUUUCCUUGAUCAUUAUUUUUCCCCCUCACAAUUAUUGCAUGGAUGCUAUUUUUUGUGCCGUCUUGUAGUGAUUUUGUUAAAACUGUUAAACUAAGAUGAACAACUUACAGGGAAGAUGAUAUUGAAUAGAUUUAUUCUUAGUCUUUAGAUAAUUUGUGCCAUAGUUAAGUAAAACAUUAUAGUAAAAAGUGAAGAACUGAUCACUUUUGAAUUCCAGUAUUAUUUUAUUAUAUAAUUUUAAUUGUUUAAGGAAGUUUUUUGACUUAAUAAAAAAAAAACAUACCUAGAUAAAUACUCUAAUGAGAACACAUAAAACUAUAAUUUUAUUAUCUUUUUCUGAUUUUCCCCGAACAUAAAAAUAAAAAAAAUAGGUAAAUCAUAUUUAAAAACUACACAGAUGUUCAGCAAGUCAACGGGGUUAAUGAUAUCAAUACAAGUUAAAUUAAAUUAUGGUGUUUAAACCUAUAAAUGUAGGCUUUAUAUAUUUUUAAGGUUAUCAUGUGGGUUGUAUAACUGAGGUUUUCUCCAUCGAAGAUUCUGUAUUUAAAGUGAUAUAUGAAUUUAGAUACAGUUUUGAACCAACUAAUCUUCAUUGCAAGACAGCUAACUAAAUAAUCCCCCAUAUAUUCUUCUAUUCUAUUCAUAUUGAUUAUGAUCCAUUCUUUCUUAAAUGUAGUUUUUUAUCUACAGAAGUAAACCAAUUCAGUUUCGGUAUUUAGCUGUUAAGAAAUAUAUAGUUACUAUUGUAGGUACUUAUCAGUAGUCAGUUAGCUUGAUAAAUGUUUUAUUUAACUACUUACAGUAUUUUAUAUUUUUGUAAUAUUUUUCAGCUUGACUAAUGUUGUGAAUGUUUAUUUUCUCUAAUAUGUGUACAGUUUCUUUUUUAAUAAAGU